AUAGCCGUGAUAGCGUCUCCGGUGUUUCUGCUUGCGACUGUGCCGAAGAUGUAUAUAGAGCUGACCGUAGAGAACAUGAGCAGGGGAAAGGGCCCCACGAAUGAAUGGAACGAGCAUUUUAAGGAGAAAGACGGCCUCACUCUCGCAGGAAACGGUGGCAGUGGUGGAGCAACAAUGGCGGGGCUUGUAAAGGUACAACAGGACUAGCUCUGAAAGUGAUGAUGAGUGUGCUACAUUGAGGUGUUUGUAGGUGUGAUCCUUUUGAAGGUAUAAGUACUCAUCUGGAGAUGAUGAUGAACCUGGUUUGAGUAAGUAGAUUUUUCCCGUGCGAGGAUUGAUUCUUCGUUGAAGUGCAGGACAUAUAGUUUCUGACCUCAAAAUCAUCAGCCCACGCCGGUUGGCGGCAACCUGUCCUUGGUAAUCUAUUUCGCUAGAGCAGUGGAGAUUCUGAAGUUAAAGGUGACGCUUGGGCCUCCAGAAUUCGAAAUAUCGAGAGUCAUCUCCGAAAAAGAUGUGACAGCAGUUUCCAAUAUAUUUGAUAAGUUACGAGGCAAUGCUGAUCGAAGAUUCUGGUAUCGAUUUUUUCAUCAUCUUUACCAACAUCAUACGGCUUUCUGAGGUGAACUAGAUCGAUGAUUUCGUGGGGCGUGAACUGUUCUUUUUGAAAGUCAUCGUACGUCGGGGAAACGACUACUUGUGCCAGGAUUACUCACAAUUUAACUACCUCUAACAAAAGAAGAUCCCCGGUUCAGGGGUAGCGGGACUCAUCGGAGUGCGGCUGGGAAUAUUACCAAGGGGCCCAAGCCAGAUGCGCUAGAGGGAAAGAUUAUGGCUUGGCUUUCGAUAUUGUCUCUACUGCUUUUCAUGCUCUUUAAUACUAGCUUGGAGCGCCCGAUAACAACCCCUCGCGCUAGGAUUCCCCUCCCCCCGAAGUAACCCAGGGAACAGGCAGGCAAUUCUUUAACUUUAAGCAGUUUCGCUGAAAUUCAAUUUCUUGGAUUUGAAGUUCUCAAAUUUCGAAGCUUUCCGCAUUAUUUUGCCGCUUUGGGACGGAUUAAAUUCGCUGGAUUUGCAUUUCUCCAAUUCCGAAGUUUUUGACUUUAAGCCUUUCUUCUGAGAUUCAAUCUCCUGGCAUGGCAAUUUCUCAAAUUUCGAAGCUUUCCCUAUUAUUUUGCCCCUUUGGGAUUCAAUUCGUUGGGCUGGGAUAUCUCAAACCCCAAAACUUUCGGCUUUAGGCCUUAUUUCUGAGAUUCAAUGUCCUGGAUUUGAAUUUCUCAAAUUUCGAAGCUUUCCCUAUUAUUCUGCCUCUUUAGGAUUAAAUUCGUUGGACUUGGGAAUUUUUUCCUGUAGGUAUUUCCUCUGGCAUUCAAUCGCCUGGGUUUGAAUUUCUCAAAUUUCGAAGCUUUCCGCAUUAUAUCGCCCUUUUGGGAUUGAAUUCGCCGGAUUUGAAAUACUCAAAUCCCAGACUUUUUGACUUUCAGCAUUUUUUCUGAGUUUCAAUUUCCUGGAGUUGAAUUUCCCAAAUUUCGAAGGUUUCGGACUGAAUUCGUGGGAUUUGAAUCCUUCAAAUCCCAAAAUUUUUGAUUUUAAGCAUUUUUUCUGAAGUUCAGCCCUGGGCUUCAAUUUCUCAAAUUUCGAAGCUUUCCGCAUGAUUUUGUCGCUUUGGGAUUGAAUUCGCCGGAUUUGAAUUUCUCAAAUCCCAAAAUUUUUAAUUUUACGCAUUUUUUCUGAAAUUCAAUUUGCCGGGUUUGAAUUUCUCAAACUUCGAAGCUUUCCACUUUAUUUUGUCGCUUUUGGAUUAAAUUCGCUGGGUUUGAGUUUCUCACUCAGAUCCCAAAAUUUUUGAUUUUGGGCGUUUUUUCUGAAAUUCAAUUUGCUGGAUCAUGAGUCCCUGGGCUCAUCAGUUCAGAAGUUCAUAAGUUCAUGGGUUUGGUGGUUUGGUGGUUUUUGUGUCGGAGGUUGAGGGUUUGGGGGUUGGAGGUUGAGGGCUUCGGAGGUUGUGGGUUCGGGUGUUGGAGGUUGAGGUUUCGGAGGGGAAGUGUUUGCUGAAUUUUGUUGCUCUUAAUAUUCUUUUGCUUACUCUUCACAAUGUCGUGGUGACGUCUGAUCUCCCACGAUUCUGUCAUCGAAGAAAGUGCAAAGUAGUAGUUUAUUUUGUCCAGGACAAAAACUCCCAUUACAGAGGUUACACAUUCCAUUCCUUCUCGUGAACAAUUGAAAACUUCCUUGUAGUAUUCUCUAAAGCAAGACGUACUUUCCAGAAGCCUACGCACUUGACGAAUGCAGAAGACGUCAUCGCCAGUGCUUUUCGCGAUGAGGUGGACGAGACACACCCAAGACGCAACGACCCUCUAGAUAUGUGCAAGGACGACGGAAUCAGUCCUGAUGCAGCGGAGAAUAUCGUACUUACUUACAUGGGCGAAGUUGAUUUUGGAUCGUUUUCUGUCUAUCUACGACGUACCUUGGAUAUUACUCUGGAUCUCUCUAAUGAAAGUAGCAGACGAAGAUUCAUUCAUGUUCAGGUUUUCUGUACAAAGAACACAGUCGUAUGGAAAUUUUCUAGAAGUGUGGAUAUCUGAGCAGUCCUAGCUACACGACCAAAAAUCUGAACAGUCCGGUCCGGAUCGACCAUGCGAAAUCAGGCUGCCCAAUUUUGGAAUGAUACAGCGUCUUUGGUGUCGCAGGUCAGAUAGCAUUCCGAUCCGAGUCGAAGUACUUGAUUAAGGCAGAGUCGCCUUGUCCUGUAGAUAUGCAAUUGUACAACUAUGUAUUUGAUACUCAUCCUACGACGGCGAAGUCGAUUUGUUUGCUACUCGGGGGAAUUAUGGUUUAUCGAAGGUAGCUGCAAAUAGAGCAACGCACUAAACAAGACAAAGGGGUCCGAACAACAGAGUUUCACCACGGCUUGGAUGAUUUUCAUCAACACUCCUCUAACCUGUAUGCGCGGCCAGAAAGAAUUGGAAAAAACGGGUACGGGCUCCAGGAAUGAACUAUGGGAAUCACGAAAGAUUUCAGACCUACGAUCAGUUCCUGUCACCGAACUUCUUGGGUCAUCAAGUCAACGGUUGGAUAACACAGGUACAAAUGGACUCUAGUCCUACUAGACUUCUUGCAAAUGAACUCUAGCAUUACUGGGAGGUGGACGAUGUUGUAUAAGUAAUUGAACUUCAUUUAGAGAGAAUGUCAACUUUUUCUAGAGAAUCAGUACAACAAAUGGUGCCUCAAAAAUGGGGAGAUCCGAUCUUUCUUUUGAACAACAAUUCAGAUAAAGUACAAGCAUUUGCGGAAAGCCACGUGGGAUGUGACGCAUGUGCAGGAUCUCUGUCGAUUGGUCCCUUCUGUUAAGAAUUUUAGAGUUUAGUAUUAAUGAGCUUCGCAGAUGAACACCUCAAGCUCAACUCAUGUAUCAAGUACAAUGCCCUUUUUCCACUAAGAGUCCCAUUUCUUUGCUAAGUAGAUCAGUAUAGCUCACUUUUCGCAGAUCAGUUGUAUUGAAAGAGGACAGACUUUUCAUGUUGAGAAUUUGAUCUGCCUUCUCUAAUCACGGACACUGCAUUGAGAGCAAUAUUUUUCGAAUAGCAGGCUUGGACAGUGUGCGACUAGUUCUCUACCCCAACGGCCUCGACGACCUGCCAAUGCAAUGCGCUUUGUUAUGGCGAAUUACUUAUCCUGAUGUUCAUUGGUCAAACUUUUCUCACUAAAUAUAACAACCGGUUCGUUUUUACCUCUAGCGUGUAGCCCUUCCAACAAUCUACUACCAAUGAAUACCAAAGGUCUUGUGGCUUUGUUAGCAUUCUACUGCAUUGUUGUGGCUUUGAUACAUAGAGAUAAAUACGUUUGCUCGAACUAGGUCAUUAUACAGGAGACUAGAGAGAUCUACGUAGUUGACUUAUAGAGAUCCCACGGGAUAAUCGUUAUCGUUGUGGCCUAUGCAUGUAUGUGAUGCUCUAACCUCCUACCUGCGUUCCGCAAGUCCCGAGAAUGACUCGGUGACGGUUCGUGCGAUUUUGAGCAUGAACGCAGUCAGCAAGACGUUUCAAGGGCCGCUGGGAAAAUCGCUGGGUCGGACCAAAUUUUGCAGUUUGCAGUUAUGGUUGUCGUGAUUCCACACAAGUAGAUAUACUUCCUUGGUGAAAGGAAUGGUCCUAGAUGAGAGACUACAUAUACUUCCUUGGUGAAAGGAAUGGUCCUAGAUGAAAGAUAUACUUGAUGAAAGGAAUGGUCCUAGAUGAAAUAAGACGGUGUACAGGUGGCUUCGCACUCUUAGUGGUAGCUGCUAUCACAAAGUGACAAGAAAAAAAAUUUCAUCGGAAGGCGUCAGAUUCUCUAAUACCGAACGUGAAUAAACUUCGGAUCUCCAUCGAAAUUGAGGAGUGUGUGUCGGAAGCGUUACACCUCCACACAGCAAAGCGGUUCGAGAAGCUAGAAGACACCUACCGAUUGCCGGAAACAGGUGUUAAGGCUCUCUGAUAUAGAGAUACAAGAGACUAAAAGCGAUCAUUGCCAGAGACUGGAGACUGACUGGUGUUUCCCUAAUAAAUCAAAUUCAAUCUCUAUUAUAGGGAUCCCUGCUCAACCGUAUCUACUCAAGGGGCAUGAACUAUGCAUCUCAAUAUUGCAUGAGGAAUGGGACUGAGGGGUCUACUCGAUCUCCACAGGGAUGAACUUCUAGGGUGAGCUCUAAUGUUGGCGUAUCGUUGUACCCAACAACAGGCGACGGGACCCUUCCGACCCUGAGCCGACCCACCACAACUUCGGGAGAUGGAAGUCGGCCACAGACGUCUAGUAACGCGGGAGGCGGCGGGAUGGGACAGCCGCUGGUGACAUUGCCAGAGUAGACAGAAGGUCCUCACUCAUGAAUUUUUUACAUCACAUUUCGUUCCACGAUGAAAGAACCCUCGUCAAACAUAAAUGACUACUUGAUGUCAUGUUUCCCUACAACAUAUGUUUCCUUGCUUCUGUUUCUGCCAAAUUUACAUUAUUUAUCCAUAGUGAAAUUAGAAAGACUUUUGUUCAUGAUGUGCAAGCACAAUACACAUGAGAAGAAAAUGAGCAAAAAUCACAGGAGAUGUAAGUAGUAGUUUCCAAUUUACGUAGUACAUAGUUUUUGCAUAGUAAGUAGUAGUCAUAUCGAUAAUCACGGACACAACUCAACGUAGUCAUAGCGGAUGCUGAUUCAUGAUGAAAUUAAAUCUCAAGUGGAUGGAAUUGGAAUUCGCUUGUUCAUACACUACAUCGUAAUCCUAUAACUAACAAACUCUUUCUUGACGUGCUGUCACUUUAUUGAGCUGAUACUGGCUGUUACAACUUUGGAUUUUCAGGAGACAUAAGUACGAAGUAGAAACAACGAGCCCAGGGAGUGAUGCUUCCGAAGAUGGGGAGGCGGUCGCCUGAAGUAUAUGAUCGCUAUCGACCGUAUAAGUCAACUACUCACAUCUACUAGCUUUAUCGCAUGAUAAGUCGUUACAGGAUAAAUCUGAUUUAUUCUGGUCUCUGUCUGUCAUAAUUUGAUGUCAUUGUGCCUGCACUCGAAUCUGUCAUGAUUUAAUGUAGCCCCUUGAAGCCUAUCCGAAAAUGCGAAUACUGUAAAAUGAAGCGAGAAUCAUGAUCAGGAUAUCGAUGAUUGUGGAAAUCCCCAUGAUUUUUAUGGAAUCCCCAUCCUGCUCAUUGCGAAAAAUAAACCCCGGAACUGUUACAACUGCAGGCGCAGAGCUCCUCAUGGC